CGAUUCCAAUUUUUUAAUGUUUUUAUUUGAUUGGAGAGAAGCGUUUCCACUGUUUCCCGUUUCAAGCUUUUUCGCUUUUUCUUUCAGACUCCUGACGCCUGCUACUUCUACUAUUACGCUUCUUCACCAACUCUCUCUCUCUCUCGCUCGCUCGCUCGCUUCCAUUAGAUUAGCAGUAGCUUCAGCUUCUCUCUUCCUCCACACCAUAUGGCUCGUCGCCGGGAUUCCGCCUUACAACAAACCCCAAACCGCCAUUACAAGCCUCCUCUGCAAACCAUCUAAUAACAACAAAGCACCUGUCUCGUCUCUUUUCACAGCUCUUUUUAAUGGCAUUGUCAUCUAUUUCUGGUUUCUUUGUCCUUUUCCUAUCGUUGUUCUUGCUGGGUCGUCAGGUCUACUCCGAGCCGACACAAGAUAAGCAAGCUCUCUUGGAUUUCAUCUCUCGCACCCCUCACGCCAAUCGCCUUCAGUGGAACUCCUCUGCUUCUGCCUGCUCAUGGGUCGGGGUCGAAUGCGACGCUAACCAAUCGCAUGUCGUCAUUCUCCGUCUCCCUGGUGUCGGCCUUAUGGGUCAGAUUUCCCCCAAUACUCUCGGUCGGCUCUCUCAGCUGCGUGUUCUUAGUCUCCGCUCCAACCGUCUCUCCGGUGAGAUCCCUGCCGAUUUCUCUCAGUUGAAGCUAUUGCGCAAUCUUUACCUCCAGCACAAUCUCUUCUCCGGUGAGUUCCCCGCUAGCCUUACUCAGCUGACUCGGCUCGUGCGUUUGGACCUCUCGUUCAAUAAUUUCACCGGGAAGAUUCCAUUUUCCGUCAACAACCUGACCCACUUGUCUGGACUGUUCCUGGAGAACAAUGGGUUCGCUGGUAGCCUCCCCAGCAUUAAUCCCUCCGGUUUGGUCGACUUCAAUGUGUCUAAUAACAACCUCAAUGGCUCCAUCCCCGAAACUCUAGCGAAAUUCCCGGCGUCGUCGUUCUCCGGCAAUCUAAAUCUGUGCGGCGGACCGUUGAACGCCUGCAAUCCGUUUUUCGUCUCUCCGGCUCUGUCACCGACGUCGAAUGUCCCAAUAGUAGGAAAACGAUCUAAGAAGCUCUCCACAGCGGCAAUUAUCGCGAUUGCUGUUGGGGCGGGCAUAAUUCUUUUCCUCUUGCUUCUGAUUCUUGUUCUCUGUUUGCGGAAGCGGCAGCGGCGGCCAAAUGCCGCGAAGCCUCCGAAGUCUGCACCUCGGUCGGUGGUUACAGAGGUGGGCACUUCGUCAUCGAAGGACGAUGUGGCAGGUGGAGUGGCGGAAGCCGAGAGAAACAAGCUAGUGUUCUUCGAUGGCGGGGCUUAUAAUUUCGACCUGGAGGAUCUGCUGAGAGCUUCCGCGGAGGUUUUGGGGAAGGGAAGUGUCGGUACUUCAUAUAAAGCGGUUCUGGAGGAAGGGACGACUGUGGUGGUGAAGAGACUCAAGGAUGUCGCAGUACAAAAGAAGGAAUUCGAGAUGCAGAUGGAGUUGCUGGGGAAGAUUAAGCACGAAAAUGCGGUUCCUCUGAGGGCUUUUUACUACUCGAAGGACGAGAAGCUACUUGUCUACGAUUACAUGCCGGCCGGAAGCUUGUCUGCUCUUCUGCACGGAAGCAGAGGUUCGGGCCGUACGCCACUGGACUGGGAUAACCGGAUGAAGAUAGCGCUAAGUGCCGGGCGUGGGCUUGCUCAUCUACACGUGUCGGGAAAAAUCGUGCAUGGCAACAUCAAAGCGUCCAACAUUCUUCUCCGGUCCGACCUGGGCGCAUGUAUCGCGGACUUCGGACUGAAUCCAGUAUUCGGGGGGUCCACGCCUCCUAACCGAGUGGCGGGCUACCGUGCACCGGAGGUGGUGGAAACCCGGAAGGUGACGUUUAAGUCGGACGUGUAUAGCUUCGGUGUAUUGUUACUGGAGCUGUUGACGGGGAAGGCCCCGAAUCAGGCAUCGUUUGGUGAGGAAGGGAUUGAUUUGCCUAGGUGGGUCCAGUCAGUGGUGAGAGAAGAAUGGACGGCUGAGGUAUUCGAUGUGGAGCUGACGAGAUAUCAGAAUAUAGAGGAAGAGAUGGUGCAGCUGCUGCAGAUAGCCAUGGCCUGUGUGUCGACUGUGCCUGAUCAACGGCCUGAUAUUCAGGUAGUAGUGCGGAUGAUGGAGGAUAUUAAUCGGACGGAGACGGAUGAUGGUUUACGGCAGUCGUCUGAUGACCCGUCAAAGGGAUCAGAUGGCCAGACUCCUCCCACGGAGUCACGAACUCCUCCGGAUGUUGCCACACCUUAGUGGAUGAUUUGUUCUUAUUAUCCCGUGGUUGUUGCUCCCGGCACCUAAUUUAGGAGGAGGGUUGAAGACUUGAAGAAAAAUAGAGGAACUGGGUAGAUAACCUACCGUAAGUUGAACGACCCGCCAUGUUUUCUUUUUUUUUUUUAUUUAAUUGUUUUGUGAUUUUUAUAGAAUUGGAAUGAAUUAUUUUUAUGGUUGGAAGUCGACCAAUUUGAUGGAUUUUAUGUUUGUUUUAUAUAAAAGAAUUUUCUUUCAUGGGAUGUCAGCUGUAAUCCAAGUUCAAUCUUUGUUAUUUG